AUGGCGUCUCCAACAUCAACGAGUAUCUUGUUCCGUAUAGUGAUCCUGAUCACUUCAAUGGUGGUUCUCUUCUAUGUCUGCCGUCCUCUGUAUUGGAAGCUCUCAGCCACCAUCCACGAUAUCGGCCACAACAAGCAAUACGGAAGAGAAGGUACACUCUACAAGCUUCUUUUCGCCGGAGCUCGUAAGGUUGAAAUACUUGCUGUGAAAUGA